AUGGCCCCGGGUGAGGACACCUGGGUGGGGUCAGACCGGACGGUGGGCUGGGACCCCACUGAGGCUCGCUUCUGGGAUUCAGCUGGAGCCAUGGCCCAAGCAGCCGGUGGGGGGCCGGGGACCCGAACGUGCCCCCAGCUGCCGCCAUCGCCACCACCGCCCCCGCCCGAGGAGGGGCGUGGGGAGAGGCUGGUGGAGCUGCGUGCCUCGUUGAGGGAGCUGGUCGCCACCUUCUGCACCAACGGCACCAUCCACGGCGCCAUCCGCCUUGUGUGCUCCAGCCAGAACCGCCUCAAGACCGCGUCCUGGGGGCUGCGGCUCGCGCGGGCCCUGGGCGUGCUCUGCUGGCAGCUCGGACUCCUCUUUGGGCAGUACCGGUGCUACCCGGUCAUCAUGACGGUGUCCGUACACUCGGAGGCAGCGCAGCGCAAGCUCUUCCUGUCGGUCACCCUGUGCGACAUGAACCUGCACUGGCCGCACCCAGCCCGCCGCCCCCUGCGGGCGCUGGACAACUUUGCCCGGGAGAACAUCUACUCCUUGUGUGGGUUCAACUUCAGCAACAGCGAGGACGCCCCGGGGGCCGAGUGUAACAGCGCCGGUGGCGACUGCAUCCAGCAGGCCUACUCCUCCAGCGUGGUGGCCGCCUGGGAGUGGUACCGCUUGCACCGCGUGAACGUUCUGGCCUUGCUGCCUGCUGCCCACGAGGACGGCCACCACAGCCGCGGCAGACACUUUGUCUUCUCCUGCCCCUACAAUGGCCAGGGCCACCAGGCCCGUCACUUCCAGACCUCCCACCACCCCAGCUACGGCAGCUGCUACACCUUCAACAGUGUCUGGGCCGCGCGGCACCCCGGCAUCACCCAUGCUGUCCUGGCCCUCGGGAUGAAGCAGCAGGAUCACCUCCUGCUGCCCACGGGGGCCGGCAUCAAAGUCGUGAUCCACACGCCCUUCCUGGAGCACCGGAAAAGUUUUUUAACUUAUGCAGACAAGGUGCACAGGCUCGGGAGCCCCUGUGGGCACUGCACAACAGCACGGGGGGGCGUGGACGUGCAGCUGCUGUACACCGUCUCCUGCACCAGGCAGGCCUGCCUGGUCUCCUGCUUCCAGCCGCUGAUGGUGGAGACCCGCUCCUGCGGCUGCUGCUUCAAGCCCUGGCCUGCGGGGGCCGAGGACUGCAACUCCGUGCGGCACCCAGCCUGGGGUUCCCCCACGACCCCCUCCCCAAGUCACUGCUUCCACUGCCUCUGCAAGGACCUGGAGACCCACCGGCUUCCCUGCGCCUCCCGCUGCCCCCGGCCUUGCAGGGGACCUUCAUGCAAGCUCUCCACUGGGACCUCCAGCUGGCCUUCCUCCAAGUCAGCCGUGAGUCCCGGAAGCCGGGUGAGGCCUCAUGGGCAGAGAGCCCUCCCCGGACUGACCUGUGUCCCCAAGGCCCUGCCCUCACACUGCCCCGCAGCGCCCGGGGAGGAGCCGCAGCCACAGAGCAACCUGGCCAAGGUGAACACCUUCUCCCAGGAGCUCAACUACUGCACGCACCCACGUGUGCCGCAGCUGCUUUCAGCCACGGGCAGCCUCUGGAGCCUGUGGUUCGGCUCUUGUGUCCUCUCAGUCGUGGAGAUGCUGGAGCUGCUGCUGGACGCCGCGGCCCUUGCCCUGCUGCUGUGCUGCCGCCAGCUCCGCGGGGCUCGGGGCCAGCCCAGGGCAGCCACGGGGGUGCCCGCUCCAAGCCAGAGGCCGGCUGGUGGCCGGGUAGCUGCAGGCAUGACAUCGAACGCCCGGGGGCCCAGCUCCACCUCCCAUGAUGUUGCAGGGGCUCCGGCAGGGGUCUUGGCUGGAGGUCAUCCCGGUGUGGACCCCGGAAACUCCUGA